UUCCCGGUGACUUUGGCACCGCGCAGGCCGCCUGUGGAGCGGUCCGGUCCGGCCGAGGCCCGCUGUCCUUUUCGGUGACUGUCAGCCCGCAAGCCUGGCCGCUUCCCGGCGGGGUGACCUCAGGGCCAUGUCCAGGCCGAGCAGCGUCUCCCCACGGCCGCCGGCUCCCGGCGGCGGUGGUGGCGGCGGCGGCGGGGGCGGCCCGGCUCAGAGCGGCCCUGGGGGCGGCGCCCGGGCCAAGGGGCUGAAGGACGUUCGCAUAGACGAGGAGGUGAAAAUCGCAGUUAAUAUCGCUCUGGAGCGCUUCCGAUACGGGGACCAGAAAGAAAUGGAAUUUCCUUCUUCUUUGACCAGUACCGAACGAGCCUUUAUUCAUCGAUUGAGCCAGUCUCUUGGGUUGGUCUCUAAAAGUAAAGGAAAGGGAGCAAAUAGAUACCUAACUGUGAAGAAGAAAGAUGGAUCAGAAACAGCUCAUGCAAUGAUGACCUGUAAUUUGACUCAUAAUACAAAACAUGCUGUUAGGAGCCUAAUUCAAAGAUUUCCCGUCACAAAUAAAGAACGUACUGAACUUCUGCCUAAAACAGAAAGAGGAAAUGUGUUUGCAGUUGAAGCUGAAAACCGGGAAAUGAGCAAGACAAGUGGGCGACUCAACAAUGGCAUACCUCAGAUUCCAGUGAAAAGAGGAGAAUCCGAAUUUGAUUCUUUCAGGCAGUCUUUGCCAGUGUUUGAGAAACAAGAAGAAAUUGUUAAAAUAAUUAAAGAAAAUAAAGUAGUUUUGAUUGUAGGAGAAACUGGGUCUGGAAAGACUACACAGAUUCCUCAGUUCCUAUUAGAUGAUUGCUUUAAAAAUGGUAUCCCUUGCCGAAUAUUUUGUACUCAACCAAGACGAUUAGCAGCUAUUGCUGUGGCUGAAAGAGUUGCUGCAGAGAGAAGAGAAAGGAUUGGUCAAACAAUUGGGUAUCAGAUACGAUUAGAAAGCAGGGUUUCUCCAAAGACACUUCUGACAUUUUGCACUAAUGGGGUAUUGCUUCGAACAUUGAUGGCAGGAGAUAGUACAUUGUCAGCUGUGACACAUGUUAUUGUGGAUGAAGUACAUGAAAGAGAUCGAUUUAGUGAUUUUUUACUUACAAAGUUAAGAGAUUUGUUGCAAAAGCAUCCAACUUUGAAACUAAUUCUUUCUAGUGCUGCCUUGGAUGUAAAUCUCUUUAUAAGAUAUUUUGGAAGUUGUCCAGUAAUAUAUAUACAGGGAAGACCAUUUGAAGUAAAAGAAAUGUUUCUGGAAGAUAUUUUAAGAACUACUGGAUAUACAAAUAAAGAAAUGUUAAAAUACAAAAAGGAAAAACAGCGAGAAGAAAAACAACAAACCACACUUACAGAAUGGUAUUCAGCUCAAGAGAAUACUGUCAAGCCUGAAUCUCAGAGGCAAAGAACAAUUCCAAAUGUGACUGAAGAGUAUGAUUUAUUGGAUGAUGGUGGUGAUGCUGUUUUCAGUCAGUUGACAGAAAAAGAUGUGAAUUGCCUUGAACCAUGGUUAAUAAAGGAAAUGGAUGCUUGUCUUUCUGAUAUAUGGCUGAAUAAAGAUGUUGAGGCCUUUGCUCAGAUUUUUCACCUUAUUUUAACGGAAAAUGUUAGUGUCGAUUACAGACAUAGUGAAACCAGUGCAACAGUUCUGAUGGUUGCUGCAGGACGAGGUUUUUCAAGUCAAGUGGAGCAGUUAAUUAGUAUGGGAGCCAAUGUCCAUAGCAAAGCAUCAAAUGGCUGGAUGGCUUUAGAUUGGGCUAAACACUUUGGGCAGACUGAAGUUGUGGAUCUUCUAGAAUCUUACAGUGCUUCAUUGGAAUUUGGAAAUCUAGAUGAAAGUUCUCUGGUUCAGACAAAUGGAAAUGACCUCAAUGCAGAAGAUAGAGAGCUCCUGAAAGCUUAUCAUCAUAGUUUUGAUGAUGAAAAAGUAGACUUGGAUUUGAUCAUGCAUCUUCUGUACAAUAUCUGCCAUAGUUGUGAUGCUGGUGCAAUAUUAAUUUUUCUGCCUGGAUAUGACGAAAUUGUUGGAUUGAGGGAUCGCAUCCUAUUUGAUGAUAAGCGGUUUGCUGACAAUACACAUAGAUAUCAAGUCUUUAUGCUUCAUUCAAACAUGCAAACAUCUGAUCAAAAGAAAGUAUUAAAAAACCCACCUGCAGGUGUUCGAAAAAUAAUCCUUUCCACCAAUAUUGCUGAAACCAGCAUCACAGUCAAUGAUGUUGUCUUUGUUAUUGAUUCUGGUAAGGUGAAAGAGAAGUCCUUUGAUGCACUGAAUUUUGUUACAAUGUUAAAAAUGGUGUGGAUUUCCAAAGCUAGUGCCAUACAACGAAAGGGCAGGGCAGGGCGAUGUAGACCUGGAAUUUGUUUUCGUCUGUUCAGUAGACUCCGAUUCCAGAAUAUGUUGGAAUUUCAGACUCCAGAACUUUUGAGAAUGCCAUUACAGGAACUUUGUUUACACACCAAGCUGUUAGCCCCAGUUAAUUGUCCUAUUGCGGAUUUCCUUAUGAAAGCUCCUGAACCUCCACCAGCUUUAAUUGUACGGAAUGCUGUACAAAUGCUUAAGACAAUAGAUGCAAUGGAUGCGUGGGAAGAUCUCACUGAACUUGGAUAUCAUUUGGCUGACUUGCCAGUAGAACCACAUCUUGGUAAAAUGGUCCUGUGUGCUGUUGUUUUAAAGUGUCUGGACCCUAUCCUUACAAUUGCCUGCACACUAGCCUAUCGAGAUCCUUUUGUCCUGCCAACCCAGGCCUCUCAAAAACGCGCAGCUAUGCUUUGUAGGAAACGUUUCACUGCUGGAACUUUCAGUGAUCAUAUGGCACUUCUCAGAGCAUUCCAGGCAUGGCAGAAAGCACGAAGUGAUGGGUGGGAGCGAGCCUUUUGUGAAAAGAAUUUUCUUUCACAAGCUACCAUGGAAAUAAUCAUAGGCAUGAGAACUCAAUUGCUCGGUCAACUUAGAGCAUCAGGUUUUGUUAGAGCACGAGGUGGUGGUGACAUUCGAGAUGUUAACACAAAUUCCGAGAAUUGGGCUGUCGUUAAAGCUGCAUUGGUGGCAGGCAUGUAUCCUAAUUUAGUCCAUGUGGACAGAGAGAAUUUAGUAUUGACAGGGUCAAAGGAGAAAAAAGUACGAUUUCAUCCCACUUCAGUUCUCAGUCAGCCUCAAUAUAAAAAGAUUCCUCCAGCCAAUGGUCAAGCUGCAGCAAUUCAGGCACUGCCCACAGAUUGGCUUAUUUAUGAUGAAAUGACCAGAGCCCAUAGAAUAGCUAACAUUAGAUGUUGUUCAGCAGUGACACCCGUCACUGUAUUGGUAUUCUGUGGACCAGCUAGAUUGGCAAGUAAUGCUCUUCAGGAAUCUUCAUCCUUUCGAGCGGAUGGUAUUCCUAAUGAUAGUAGUGAUAGUGAAAUGGAAGAUAGAACUACUGCUAAUCUGGCAGCUUUGAAACUUGAUGAGUGGCUCAAUUUCAAACUAGAACCUGAGGCCGCCAGUUUAUUGCUGCAGCUCAGACAGAAGUGGCACAGCUUAUUUUUACGCCGAAUGAGAGCUCCAUCGAAACCGUGGUCUCAAGUUGAUGAAGCGACCAUUAGAGCAAUUAUAGCUGCUUUAAGUACUGAAGAACAGUCUGCAGGUUUACAACAACCAUCUGGGAUUGGCCAAAGGCCAAGGCCUAUGUCUUCAGAAGAACUUCCUUUGGCAUCAUCUUGGAGGUCAAAUAAUAGUAGGAAAAGUUCAGCAGAUACUGAAUUUCCUGACGAGUCUACUUCUACAGAAAGAGUAUUGAUGAAAUCUCCAUCUCCAGCACUACAUCCACCUCAGAAGUACAAAGAUAGAGGAAUUUUACAUCCUAAACGAAGCGCUGAUGACCGACCAGAUCAAGCUUCUGCAAAAUCUACAGAAGAUUACCCAAGUCCUUGUGCUAGCCCUUCUCCUCCAUCCUCAGGAAAGGGGUCAAAAUCUCCUUCACCAAGACCAAACAUGCCUAUUCGAUACUUCAUAAUGAAGAGUAGCAAUUUGAGAAACCUUGAAAUUUCUCAACAGAAGGGUAUUUGGUCUACAACCCCUAGUAAUGAGCGGAAGCUAAAUCGAGCCUUUUGGGAAAGCAGCAUGGUUUACUUGGUUUUUUCUGUUCAAGGAUCUGGACAUUUCCAGGGAUUUUCUAGGAUGUCAUCUGAGAUAGGAAAGGAGAAGAGCCAGGAUUGGGGCUCCGCUGGACUAGGAGGAGUGUUUAAGGUGGAGUGGAUACGGAAAGAAAGUCUUCCCUUUCAGUUUGCACAUCAUUUACUCAAUCCUUGGAAUGAUAACAAGAAAGUCCAGAUAAGCAGAGAUGGGCAGGAACUAGAACCUCAGAUUGGGGAACAGUUGCUACAGUUAUGGGACCGCCUUCCAUCAGGAGAAAAAACGACAACUGAUUGACACUCGGGUUAUACCAUUCUUGACUUUGAGUACUGGCAGUAUUUGUGAUCAUUAAGGAUAUCUUUCAGAUAACUUCUCUUUUUAUCUUUAAACCUUUCAAGAGCACUUAGUUACAGAAUGCACUGACUUCCAAAAACUUAGAUGGGCUUUUCUGGUUUAGAGUAUUGCUUUAGAACCACCAUCUUCAUAUAAAAGAGAAAAUGAUAAUUUUAAUAGUGAUAACAUAGGAUGAUUAUGUAAUGUUUUUUAAUUGUAUGUUUCUAAUUGAAUAAAACAGUAGUUCCAUUAUUUGACACAACAGCAGUUAUUUUAAAUAUACUUAAUUUGAAGUUGAAUAUUUCAUUUGUUUAAAACACUGAAUUAUAAUUCAUAUUAUUUUUUUAAUGCAAAGUAAGUUUGUUUACUUCUUAUUGUUGACACUAUUACAGAUGCCCCCUAUUUAAGUUGUAUACUUUUAAGAAAAGCCUGAAUAUAUCAGUACAUACGCGCACCAUUUCAGAAGAGUCAGCUCUUAAGAUUUAUGAUUAAAAAGCAAACAAGCAAACAACCAGAUUAAAAAAUGUUUCUUUUAAAAAUAGUGUGUGCUAAUUAAGGACUAUUUAUUCUGCCAUUUUUAGCCUAAGAUACAUUAAGAAAAAAAGGAGGGCUAUUCUUUUUCUGCAAUUAUGUAAUGCAGGAAAAGUCUGAAGAAAGGCAACAUUCCUCCCAGUUUGUGAUCAGAUCGAAUUCAGUGCUUAGUUUUCUUCCUGGUUCUGCCUCUUUUAACCUGAUGGGUGCCAUACCCCAUUCUUCCUCCCAUGUUACAGCAUUCACACAUCUCUUACAUGAGCACAGUAAUUAUGACCUUUUUGUUUUGUGUAGGGCAACUUGAUUUAGACACGUUAGAAAUUUAAACAAAUUAUACACAUAGUUUAACAGCUAGUGAUAACUUGCUUGCUGUAUGUCUUCCAAACUGAAGCCCACAAGCAUCACAGUUCUAAAUGCCUUCUAUUUGUUUUCCAGUACUUUUUAUCCUGCUGUGUUUUUGGAUAUGAUUUCUUUCUUAUUUUGCACUUAUGGUUUAAUAAAUUGGGGUGGUGAUGGUGGUGAUUUUUUAAAAAUAAAACUGUGUUAGCGCCAACUAUCUACUUCUUUGCCAAUUCAGAAUUAUUUGGUUUGAACUCUUUACCACCACUACCUAUAAAGUUUCCUAAGAAGCUUUUGAAGGGAAAUAGAGGUACGGGUAAAAAAGAAAUGUCUUGGUCACUGAGCUCUAAAUAGAACAGUUUGGUAGCACUUCUCAUGAGACAUUUGGGUGUUUCCUAUAUAACAAAACACCAACAGGAAAUUAAUUUAAAGACAAGAAGAACUCUGAGUCAUCUGCUUCUGUAUUUGAGAACAAAGAAGUGAAAAUUUAUAGGCCAACAUAAAAUCUUGAGAACCCUUCUACUUCCUCUGGGAAAGCAUUAUAUGUUGGUGUAUUAGUUUAGAAUGUCAUCAGUGAUUUUGGCCUGUAUUUGUAGAUAUUUGGUUUUUAAAAUUUAUUUUAUACUUUGAGACAUACCUAUAAAUUGAAUCUAUGAAUUAUGUUCCACUAUCUGUGUAUUACAGUUUUUUUCCCUAUUAGAGCAACUUGUGUUUCUCUAAUAAUGUUUACAUUUUGUUUAGUAUAUAUUUAGAAGUUCCUGGUGUUCUAAAUUUGGAAGUUUAGGACUUUUGAAAAAUAAAACUUGUUUCAUUUUUAUCUGCUUUCUAAUAUCUAGCCCCCUGUGGAAAUUAUGACUUUGUUGAUAUCUAAAAUGAGUACAAUUUAAUGUAUUAAAAUGCUGUUUUUGGAAGAAAUGAACUUUAAAUAUACUUAUUAGAUAAAAUUCUGUUCAAUUA